CUCACUAUUAAACAUUACAUCAAAAUGGUUAGCCACAAAAGGUUACUAACGGCGGUUUGUUUAGCGACGGUGGUAAUUGUCAUGGCGCAACCUUCGAUCCAGGAGCUGACGGUUCAUGUUGCCAACAAGUUGAGCAACAAAAUACUGAUAGUGCACUGCCGAUCCAAAGACGACGAUCUCGGCGCCCUCGACGUCGAGGUUGGCGCCGAGAUGAGUUGGAGGUUCGAUUCGAACGCGAUGGGUUCGACGCUUUUCUGGUGCAAUCUCGCGGUCGAAGAUAAGCGUCUCUCUUUCGAAGCGUACGGCGGGGAGGGCAUGCCGUAUUACGGGUACUUAAUUGUCUACGAUGAUGGGGUGUACGGGAAGAAUUUCGUUACCAACAAAAAUUUGAUGGGUAGGUGGAGGCGAAUUUGGGUACCAUAGGAAAUUUUUGUAAUUUUGGGGAAGUUUUUGUAUGAGGAUGGAAUGAUUAAAAUAUAUAAAUGUUAGUCUCUCCAAGAUUCGAAUUAUUGAGAUGGACUAAUUAAGUUUUUCAAUGAAUAUAAGGUUAUUGC